AUGACUAUAUUAGGUAUAAAUUCGAUCAAAAUCGUUGGAGCCGUUUUUGAGGAAAUCGCCGGAUCCUUAAAGUGUAAGGACCUUAAGUUCCAAAUGUCAAGUUAUUCCGUUAAUUGGGAGAUGAGAUGUCGUGUACACAGACGCACAUACACUCAUAUAAACACACACACAUACAGACCAAUACUCAAAAACCGCUUUUUUGGACUCAGGGGACAUUGAAACGUUAAGAAAUUUGGAAAUUGGGGUACCUUAAUUUUUUUCGGAAAGCAUUACUUUCCUUACCCAUGGUAAUAGGGCAAGGCGAGUAAAAAACAUACUCUUGGGCUUAUGACACGACUAAGUAAAGACCAGAUCACACAGCAAUAAACGAAAAAAAAAUCCCUCCCCAGGUGUUUAAAUAUUGCAACGCAUAGACAUUCGUCUGAAUGAAGACGUUUGAUUUGUUCUUUGUCAGCUGCUGUGUGCAUUGGUCUUAAGAAAUAGGAACAGCAGAUCCCAGAUGCUCCUGAUUGGUACAACCCAGCAUAGUACCUAGUUGUUCAUUAUCAUUACGGUAGUGAAUUAACCUUAUUUUAGUUUACUUUUUCAAUAUAAAAUAAUUCUGUAUCUACCUCAAAUUGAUUAAGAUUAUUGUAAAAGUCAAUUAUUAUAUUGAAAAGACUGCGAUUCAAAAUUAAUCUUUACUCAGAUUUUUAAAGCCUUCCAAAAUUAUCUAACUUUAUCGUGUACUGUACUGUACCUAAAUUUGGAAGUUUAUUAUGAUUCAAUCAGUUCAAAAAUAUUGUUUAUCUAUUCAUGAAAUUUCAGUAUAUAUUUCUGGUGUGUAUAUUCUAUAAACAUGUUUUACCAAGCUUAAUUGGAAGUCAUUGUUCUCAAAGAUGGAAUUCAACACAAGACACAACGUUACAAGCUUUGGAUGAAUUGCCAGAGUUGGAAGAUAAAAUUGCAAAGAACCCAUAUGUUAAAACCAUAACCAAAAAUAAAACCUGCAUGGAAGAAAGUACAAAAUAUGAUUUUUUUGAGAAUAUAAGAGAAUCUAAAAAAGACAAUAUUUCCAAAUUGCAACAUGGAGAAAAUGCAACAAGUUUGGCGGUGCAUUCUGGCAUUGAUAGCAAACCACUAAAUAAAAACCCAAGUAUUGAGCUUGAUUCUCCAAAGAGGGUGUGGCUAAACUUCCCUUUACAAAUUGAACUAGAAAUGGAAAAGAAUAACAAUGACAAUAGUCUGUAUAGGAUAAAAUCUUUUUUAUUUGAUAGUGAUAGCUUUGAAUUUUCUAAUCUAUUUUAUGGAAGAGAAUACUCAACACUUAAAAAAAUGGAAAAUCCAAUAGAAAUGAUUUCACCUACAUAUAAUCCUUUCUCUUCUCAAAGAACUCCGGUAAAAAUAACACCUGCCACUAGAUUACAUUUUCCUUUUCACUUUAAACCACCAUUACAAACAAGAGGCUAUCCUAUAAGUUCAAAUGCGGCCAAUAAUAAUGCAAAAACAACACGAACUGUUUUUACACAAUCAGGACUUGGUGACAGAGACUUUUAUCAGCCGAAUAUUGCAGUUACUGAGUCUAUAUUAAUAUCAAAACCAACUACUGUCACACCAAUCAAAACCACAAAGAAGAAUAGAAAGCCAACUUUUGCCACGGCGCAAACAUUUGGUGAUUUCUCCAUUGAUUCAGGAUAUCUCCCAACCACACAUAGAUACCCUUCAACAAACUCAAAAUCAUUUGAUCAGGAACAUAAAACUAUCUUCAACCAGGAAAAUAUUAAUAUACCUUCCUUGGAUUAUCUCAACUUACCUACAAUGACUUAUCCUGAUAUCAUCAACCAUAAAGGUGUUUUAUCAAAACUCAAGGAUUACCUGAAAAGGAAAUUUGGUAAAAAUAUUACUCCAUUCCCUCUGUAUUCAGGAAUUGAUUUUGAAAAUGUUUUCUCAAACUAUGAUUUCCAGAAUAAUUUCAAUGCAACUUUACCGUUUCCUUUGAUAGAAGCAAUCACCCUACCCCAAACCCAUGAAAAAUAUUUAAAGAAAUCAAAGUUGAAAACAUUUCUAGGAAGAAUGUUUAGAACAUCUUCUGAGUCUAUUAUUAAUACUCUCUGAAUAUGAAUAAAAAAUUGAGCUGAGAUCAAUAAAAAGUAAGACCAUGAGAAGACCAUGAGACCAUUCUAUAAGAAGACCAUGUUCAUUAUUAUACAUCAAUUGAAAGCAAUAAAUUGUCAUAAUUCAAC